AGUCAUCUCGCUUGUUUUGCUGCCCCUGCGUACAUAUUUUUAUGUAAUUGUCAUAUAUAAUGGACAUUCAAUGUUACUCGAAUCUUAUUUAAAUUGUGCCAAUCAAUAGUUAAUAAGCUUACCAUUAAGAUUAAUUGUACGAAAUUUUAAAAAGUUCAGUUUUAAGCAUAUUCCGUUGAUUGUAGUCAAUAUAUACAAAAUAUUCGUAUACACAAUGGCAAUUGUUAUUCAUCGUUCAUCCAAUAAUUUACAACUCGCCCAGAUCCAUGUAUUGUCAUAUUUCACAUCAAACGCCAACCACCGGUGUCAGUACUCACAAGCACCCCGAGUGAUUCAAAAUCCUCAGACUACAUCAUUAAAAAGAGGCUCUGGUGGUCGGAGUUCAUUUAAUGGUAUUGUAUGUACAGUUUUUGGAAAUACUGGUUUUCUUGGACGAUAUGUCUGCAAUCGGCUGGGGAAAAUUGGCACACAGAUGAUACUACCUUAUCGUGGAGAGCAUUAUGGCUCGAUGAAAUUAAAAUUAUGUGGAGACUUAGGACAAGUACUAUAUCAUCCAUUCGAUUUGCGUGAUGAAGAAUCAAUACUCAAAUGCAUUAAGUAUUCAAACGUCGUUAUUAAUUUAAUUGGACGUGAUUGGGAAACCAAAAAUUUUACAUUCGAUGAUGUUCAUGUUCAUGGUGCGAAAACACUUGCCAAGCUAUGUCAGCAAUCAGGUGUAGAGAGAUUUAUUCAUAUGUCUUGUUUAAAUGCUAAUCCACAUCCAGAACCCAUUUUGAUGAAAGGAGGAUCAAAAUAUUAUAAAUCCAAAUGGGAGGGAGAAUUGGCAGUUAGAGAAGCGUUUCCUAAUGCAACAAUUGUACGACCUGCAAUAAUUUAUGGUCAAGAAGAUCGAUUUUUCAAUAUUUAUGCCCGAGCAUUACGACGACACUUCAGAGGAAUCUCACUUUGGAAAAAAGGAGAACUAACUGAGAAACAACCAAUUUGGGUUGGCGAUGUAGCAGCUGGCAUAACUGCUCUUGUAAAAGAUCCAAGUACAGCAGGCAAAGAUUAUCAAUUCGUUGGACCAAAGCGCUACAAGCUUGGAGAUUUAGUCGAUUGGAUCAAUAAAUUUAUAAGGCGAAACGCUGAAGAAUAUGGUUAUCGUAGAAUGGAUUUGGACUACACUCCAUUAUUCAAACUUAAAGUAUCCUUCACUGAGUCAAUAAGUCCAGGUUAUCCAUUUGGUAAUCUUCAUUGGGAAGGGCUUGAAAAGGAACAUACUACUGACACUCUUAUCAAAGGCAUUCCUACGCUAGAGGAUCUCGGAAUACAGCCCUGUGAAAUGGAAUCUAGAAUUGCUUGGGAGUUGAGGCCAAUGAAAAUUGAGGCUCAUUACAUGGAAGCACUUGGUGAAUUUCCGGAUCCUGAUCCCCCUAAGCCCGUUAAAAAUACUACUUUCUAAAUGUUGAAUCAUGAAAAUUGAGAUAAUAACCAUCGUUUGUUAAUUAAAUAUGGAUCGUAGUCAGAAUAAAUUUCAUUAAAAAAUUCAACGCUGUAAUCAUUUUUGACCUGGACAUGGUUUAUCAGAGCUGCUAUUCUUGGACCAAAGUUGCGCAUAACUUUGAGAACCCCGCAAAGCCAUGUUCAUGCAAAUAAUAAAUAUGGGGCCACCUGCCCUGUCUAUCAAAAUA